CACUCUCUCGCGCACUGUUAUAGAGUUUCUGCUUCAAUUAAAUAUCAACGUUAACAUCAACAACACAUAAAAAAUAUGAGUUUUCAAAGGUGUUUCACACUUGCCUUUGGCAUUCUGUGUUUAUUCUGUAAUAGUGGUUAUUGUUUUAAUUUGACAAAGAUUACCGGAACAUGGAUAGUGGCCCAAACAAGCGAUCAAAUGGAGGCAACCGCCUGCCCUUUCAUCCGAAUAAACGAAACCAAUAAAAAAACAGCAAUGAUGAUUUACGAAUCCAACAGAACCAGUCCUUUCCAAUUGACGCUUAAUAACUCCUAUAACAGCAUUCACCAAGUGAUGGAUUCUUUCAACGCCAAUGGAAAUAUGACAGUUUUCGGCGGUUUACUUCCAUUUUACGUGGUUGUCGGCGUGAGAUUGAAGAAAGAAAACGCCACCUAUUUCGUGUUGACCGGCCGACUGAGCGUUCCCGAAGACGUGAAGAAAAACAUGACGAAGCUCUUCAACGAAACCGCCGAGCUGAAAAAAGUCCGCCUAUAUCCCGUAGAGACGGAAUCCAUAGAAUGCAGAUUGUACCUGGGGAAACAUAUCAAUAAACCGGACGCUGGUUAUCCGGACGUGAAAACCGAGGUGAUCACUUGGUCCAACGCAACCACCACCACCACUACGAUGACGCCGCCCACGACGCCCACCACGAAGAAACCGAACGCCGGAUCAGCGCCUUACGUUUCGAACUUCGCGGUACUCAUCAGUAUCUUGCUGGUCUGCGCUCAAUGAUUUCGGCGUAGGAUAAGACGAGAGAAGGGCUAUUGGAAAUUGAGAUACAUUUUAUUUACAGCGUGUGAGAAAAGUAUUAUUUAUGAAAAAUGUUAUAUCUGUAAAUAAACUCGAACAAAUUGAUCAAA